AUGCUGGCUCUGGUCUGUUACGAGAUCUACAAAAAGAACAAGGAUACCAAGGCGUUAUGCGUCGAAGAUGGCCUCAAGGAACCACCAACACCGAGGAAGAUGCCCAUCAUCGGCCACCUUCAUCUGCUUGGAGGAUACGAGGUGCCGUACCAAGCGUUCAGUUUCCUGGGGAAGAAAUACGGAAACGUUGUCAAACUCCAGCUGGGACAAGUCAAAUGCGUUGUGGUCAACGACCAGAAGAAUAUCCGGGAAGCUUUGGUCACCAAAGGGCACCACUUCGAUUCCAGACCAAAUUUUCAGCGGUACAAGGAACUCUUUUCAGGAAAUAAAGAAAACUCUUUGGCGUUUUGCGACUGGUCAGAAACCCAAAAAACACGCAGGGACUUGCUGAAAGCAUACACCUUCCCCAGAGCCUUCAGCAACAAAUUUGCCAGUUUGGAAACCCUCAUCUCCUCGAGCACUAGGACCUUGAUAUCCCAGAUAAUCCCUGAAAAAACUGUGGAAUUGAAACCACUCAUACUACGCAGCUGUGCCAACAUCUUCCUAAAUCAUUUCUGCUCCAAGAACUUCGAAAUCGACGACGAGAGGUUCGUGAGGAUGGUCGAGGAUUUCGACGAGAUCUUCUACGAGGUCAACCAAGGUUACGCCGCUGACUUCCUGCCCUUCCUGAUGCCCUUUCUGAAGAAGAACCUGGGCAGGAUGAAUGCGCUGACGCAUAGAAUCAGGAGUUUCGUCGAAGACAAAGUCGUGGAGAACCGUUACGAGGAGUUUGACCUCGAGACUGAUCCUGGUGACUACAUUGAAAGCUUCAUCAAGUACGUGAAGUCUGGAGACGGUCCUGAAUUGCCCUGGGAUACCGCACUUUUUGCUUUGGAGGACAUUAUAGGCGGCCAUUCAGCUGUUGGAAACUUUUUGAUGAAGCUUUUUGGGUUCCUUGUGGAGCUUCCCGAUGUUCAAAGAAAAAUCCAAGAAGAGAUAGACGCUGUUGUUGGUACAGCCCGAGAUGUGACCAUUGCAGACAGAGGAUCAAUGCCAUAUGUUGAGGGCGUAAUUUUUGAAGCCAUCAGGUUAAUAGCGUCACCUAUCGUUCCAAGGGUAGCUAACCAGGACAGUUCUAUUGAUGGGUACAAGAUAGAGCAAGGAACAGUACUGUUCCUCAACAACUACGACCUCAGCAUGUCCGAUAGGUUGUGGGACCGUCCCGAGGAGUUUCUUCCAGAGCGCUUCCUUAAAGACAACAGACUGAUCAAACCCGACCACUUCCUACCUUUUGGGGGUGGUAGAAGGAGCUGCAUGGGGUACAAGAUGGUACAGUUGGUGUCCUUCGGUAUUUUGGGCGGAUUUUUACAAAAGUACACCAUCCUGCCGGCUGAGAACGAAUCGUAUAAAGUCCCGAUUGGUUCUUUGGCGCUGGCAAAAGAUACGUUUAAGUUCCGAUUCGUCAGGAGAUGAGCCUAGAGAAAUUUGUUAUUUUUAUUUAUUUAAUUUAUUCCGAUUGCAGUUAGAGCUAGAGCUGAGUUAAAAUUUCACGGGAAAGUUCUCCAUGAAAAACUUAAAUCGCAGACUAUACAGUGGUUUCACUCACCAAGUGGAUAUCAUCGGAAGUCAAGUAAAAUUCUAGUCUGUAAUAAAUUAAUUCAUCGAUUUACUAUACUAAAUUUUUCAUGGAAAACUUUUUUGUGUUGAAUCUAUAUAGAAAUGCAGCAAUUAAUCGUAAUAUUGAAUACUCAAUUUUUAAGAAGCUCUAGAGGUAACGUGAUCGUAUUCCUGACUGUAUACCUUUGUAAGUUUGUUGAUGACAUAUAUAUUUAUAUUUGUAAUUUUAUGGAUAUUCGAUACUGACCUUUUGAAGAUAUUUUUAUUAUAUUUUUAUA